GAACACAAACCCUAAAAUAUGAGGGGAAGACGAUUACUUGGAUCAAAAUCAAAGAUAAACAGGAAAGAAGUAGCUUCAAUGGAGAAGCUCUUUAACAAGUCCCAAAAGCGGUUAGGUGUCUCGUCUAGUUCAGUUCGAGAAGAAGAAGAAGAACGAGUUGUUAUCAGAGGAGAAGACAUGAUAAGCUCAUUACCUGAACCGUUGUUGUGUGACAUACUCAGCUUUCUUACCACCGAGCAAGCGGUUCAGACAAGUGUUUUGUCCUCUAGAUGGAGACAUGUAUGGAGAUGGGUUCCUAGGUUAGAACUAGACAGCUCUGAUUUCACAGACAACCAAGCCUGUGGGUAUUUCAUCGACAAGUUUCUUGCUUUCCAAGGCAAGAACUACUUGCGUGAGUUCAAGUUGACCAUUGACCACGACAUCUUUGGUGGAGAUUCUUCUCUUUACGAGCUUUGUCUCAGCAAAGUGGAUAUGCGGAGGAAGCUCGAACGUUUCCAAGUAGAGAGUACGUUUGGACCUGUUAGCUUUGAUGAUGACUUCCCGACACCCUUAACACUCUCCGUGUGUGAGGCGUUGGUCUGCUUAAAACUCCAUUACGUUAGGCUGAACGAUGAUUUGAAGUCUCUUUCCUUGCCUUGUCUCAAGAUCAUGUUCCUGGAAGACGUUGUUAUGCCUAGCGACGCGGCUGCAGAGGCGCUGAUCUCCUCCUCUCCGGUUCUAGAAGUUCUGAAGAUAAGCCGCAGUAGAGAUGAUGUUGUGGUAGCUUUACGCGUCUGCUCAGCGUCGCUUAAGAGCUUCACUCUAAAAGGAGCGGAAGUUUUGUGUCCACGUGGAAAUUAUUCAGUAUUGAUUGAUGCGCCAAAACUUGAGUAUCUGUCUCUCAUGGAUUACUACCAUUUCAGAAGCUUCGAGAUAACCAAUGCGGCUGAGUCUUUCAAGGUUGAUAUUGAUGUCGAGUUUGCGGAGAAGAAUAAUUUCAUGUUGGAAUUGAUUAUCUUCUACACUUUUAUCAACAAUUUUUCAGGUGUUAAAGAUAUGACCAUGUCAUGGAGAACUCUGCAGUUUAUAUAUGAAAUCCAUCGGAUGAGAACACUCCCCAAAUUUCAUGACUUGACUCGUCUGCGCGCCACUGUGUGCUUAAAAGCAUCCCCUGAACUAUUGCCAAUGCUUCUUGAGAGCUGCCCCAAUCUGAAACACUUGACAUUGGAAUUGUUUAUUGAUCAUCCAGUGGCAUCGAUAACUGGACUCUCCACUGUGAUGCUGCAUCCUUGUUUGUUAUCGUCUCUUGAAUCUGUUGAAAUAGAAAGUCCGGUCACGGAGGAAGCUAACGAACUGGAUUUGGCUAGAUGCUUUAUGUGUAACUCUACAACACUCAAGAAGCUAGUGAUACGUUUGCAUCAGUCUUCUAUUGGAGAGAAACACAAGCCUUGUGUCUUGGAACAACUCGUCGAAGAUUCAAGGCGCUAUGGUUUGUCUCAAUUCGAAGUUCUUCCAGUGGUUCCAACUCUGAAUCCAUUGCCUGAGGGGUAUGUUUAUGUAAAAUCCAGUAGGUUCUAAAGCUGAUGUUGAAGAUGAAACUAGUUGGCUCAACCUUCUUUAGUUUGAUUCCCAUGAAUUCCCUUUCCUUUUUUUCUCCCUUCUGUGUCUCUUUAUUUGGCUUGGUUGAAUGAUUUUGAGUCUCUGUAAUUAAACUUUGUCUCAAGAUUAUGCACUUAGAAUAUGUUAUUAUCUCCAACGCUAGUAUAUUAUGCUCUGGUUUAGUUAUAAGGUUACUUGAUAAUGACGUAAGAGUUUAUGUGUAUGUUCUACUUAUGUAGUUAUGUGUAUCACUUGUUGAGUUUGCCGUCAACAAGACAGUUUGAAAAGUAGUAAGUGCUUUGGUAAUGGUUGGUAUUUUAUUGUGGACGUUGACUGCACUGAUAACGGUAUGGGUAACGAUUAAGAAGUGAUAUCAUUAGUCAAUGAUUAGAUAAAGCUACAAAAAUGCAUCCAUCUUUGACUAUGAACACAAGAAAGGUCAAGAAUAUAACAACGAUGGUUAAGAAACAGAAGAUAGGAUUAAACGUAUAAGACGACGAGCGUUUCUUCUCCGCCGGAAUAUUCCAUCUCCGGUGAGUUACUUUCUCUUAUCUAUGCCUUUCAGGAUCAUCCCUUCUUGAUAUAUGUAACUGCAAGGCCUUUUAGAUUUGGUUUUAAGGCCUAAGGGAAAUCGUCAAACUGGAACUUACACAAAAAUAAAAAAAUUAACCACGCAUGGGUGAUCUUGUGGUAGGUAAAUUCGGGUGAGAUAAGCGGAUCUAGAUUCUCAAAUCAACCUUACAACACUAAACGUACACUACAUAUUUAUAAAGUCCCCUUCAAGAUAUAUAUCUUCAUGUCAAUCAAUGACAAACUGACACACAUGUCAAUCUGACCUAGGGCUGGGCACAAAUACCCGUGACCCGCCUUAAACUCGUUAUCCGUCUCGUAUUUGCCUCUAAGCAAGGCAAGUAACAAGUUAGGAAAUUUGAUUACUUGCAAGUCCAAACCAAGUAACAAGUCUUAAAUUUAUUUGAGCUACUUGACUCGUUUUGUCUCGUUACUUGACUUUCAAAAUAUUUUAUAACAUUUACAUUGUUAUUUCAGCUAGUUUAAUACUUAUAUAAUAUAUCAAACAUGUGGAAUCAAAUAAUUUUCUCUUUUCUUUUAUCAAAUUUUACGCUAUAUUAUCUUACAUAAAAAUCAAGCAAUUUUUUUUGCUAUAAAUAAAGACAAUCAUCUAAUUUAAAAUCAUUGAAAUGGAAUUUAUAUUUUAAUGUUCAAAUACAAAAAAAAAUACUUUAGAUAAACAAGUACAAAUACAUCAAGUUACUUGCAAGUAUCUUAUAUAU